AUGUUAAUCGCCAGCAUCGUCCUCUUCUGCUUCGCGUCAGUCGCCUUCGCCAGGUCGCGCAUGUACGACGCCUGCAUCGUCGGGGCCGGCCCAGCGGGUAUCGCAGCCGCCGUCAGCCUCGCUCAGCAGCAACUGCGCGUUGCCGUUCUCGACAGGGGCCGCGGCGCCCUGGACAACGGCACAUGGCUCACGAGAAUACCUAUUCCUGACGAAAUGAGGGCUCCUGACAAGUUGAGGCCAUUCAUGUUAAAGAGCUUUGAUGGUUACGAUAAUGUGAAUCACUUUAUCGGCGAGGUUUUCAACAUCGUACGCACCAAACCUGGACGUCAUGGGCAUUUCGUGGUUGAGGCUGAAGGGAGGAGGGUCCGCGCGAGGAGAAUACUCUUGGCUCCUGGUUAUGAGAUCAUGUACCCAAAUAUUCCAGGGUACAAGGACGCUUGGAUGAAGGUUCUCUUCAACGAUCCCCUAUCAGACGGAAGCAAAGGCAACUUGGGAGCAUACUCGUCAGCCGUGCUCGCCACAGAUGCCUCCGGCUCGGUCCUUGCCGCCAUGCACCUCGCACGCAUGGCCCUCCACUACACAGAUAGAGUCACCAUCUACACCAACCACAACCUCAAGCUAUCAGAUGACAUCUCACGGCACCUCUUGUACGAAGUCACGACAGAGUUGCAGAAAAAGGUCAGGGUUGACAACCGGAGGAUCUCCAAGCUACACGCGAUUGAGGUCCGGAGCCGCAAGAGCAGCAAGGGUUACGCUCAGUCGCACAAGAUCGUCAUCUUUUUCGCCGACGGCAAGGAUUCCAAGCAUUCCUUCAUGUUCCACUUGCCCACGGGCAAACUGAACCUGGACUUUGUUCAGGAUCUGCAUAUACGACUCACAGAUGGAGGGCUGAUCAAAGUAGAUCCUUCGAGUAUGGAAACGACGGAGAAGGGCAUCUAUGCUGCUGGGGAUUGCGUAUCUUUCAAGAGGACCAUCAUCCGCAGCAUGUUUACGGGGCAACUUGCGGCAGAGUCCAUCGCAAUCUCCCGUUUGUUUGACUACUGA